CAGUGUGUAAGCGAGUGUGCUUCUCCAUACAGUUGCUGCAACUCUACUGCAUGCAACAUGGACACUACGAGCAGCGGCCAGUCACGGCCAGUCAGGAGGAUCUGAGCACGCCUCGGCUUUGGCGGUGAAACGCUAUCAGCCACAGCGGGGCAGGGAUGCGGUGCCGUCCAGCAGACUCACACUGGUAGGCGAGUCAUUUGUCAGCGAUGUCAAAGAGUCUGAAGAAGAAGAAGAACCACUGGACUAACAAAGUCCACGAAACGGUGCUCACCAGGAAUAAGGAGGGUGAGCUGGGGUUUGAGUUGAAGGGGGGCGCCGAGAAUGGCAAUUUCCCUUAUUUCGGGGAGGUGAAGCAGGGCAAGGUGGCCAUCCAGAGCGGCAAGCUGUCCCAGGACGAGCUGCUCUUGGAGGUCAACGAUACACCGGUGGCAGGGCUCACAAUCAGGGAUGUGCUGGCCGUGAUCAAGCACUGCAAAGACCCUUUUCGGCUGAAGUGCGUAAAGCAAGGAGGUGUUGUGGAUAAAGAUCUUCGGCAUUAUCUCAACCUACGGUUCCAGAAGGGUUCAGUGGACCACGAGCUCCAGCAGAUCAUACGCGACAACCUCUACCUCCGGACUGUGCCGUGCACAACGAGACAGCCCAAAGAGGGUGAAGUCCCAGGUGUGGACUACAACUUUGUGAGCAUUGAGCGGUUUAUGGAAUUAGAGAAAAGUGGGGCCUUGUUAGAAAGUGGAACUUAUGAAGAUAACUUCUAUGGCACACCAAAGCCUCCAGCGGAACCCACGCAGAUGCUGUUUAAUGUGACGGACCAACUAAUACCCGGUGCCCGACCCAGUGCAGAGGGAAAAAGGAAGAGGAACAAGUCCGUUAGUAACAUGGAGAAGGACAGCAUUGAGCCGCCAGAAGAAGAGGAGGAUGAGAGUCCUGUUGUCAAUGGCAAUGGCAUCGCCAUCACACCAGAAUCAAGCGAACAUGAAGACAAGAGUACAGACGCUUCUGGGGAUGUGCCCACCCAGUCAUGUCCACCCGAAACCCCCACCCACACCGCCACAGAUGCCCCUGAGGAGGAAGGAGAGGCCCCCAAGUCCCCACAAGACUCCCAGGAGAAUGACGAACUGGGCCCCUUGCCAGACAACUGGGAGAUGGCCUACACUGAGAAGGGAGAAGUUUACUUUAUAGAUCACAAUACCAAAACGACGUCAUGGCUUGACCCUCGACUAGCGAAGAAAGCCAAGCCCCCGGAGGAAUGUGAGGAAGAUGAACUUCCAUAUGGCUGGGAGAAAAUAGACGACCCUAUUUACGGCAGUUACUAUGUCGACCACAUUAACAGAAGGACACAAUUUGAGAACCCCGUCCUAGAGGCCAAGAGAAGAAUCCAACAGCAACAGCAAAUGCAGAGUCAAGGCCUAUCAGCGCUGCCAUUGCCCACCAUAUACAGAGAAAAGCCUCCAUUCACACGAGAUGCCACACAGCUCAAAGGGACGUUCCUCACCACGGCACUGCAGAAAAGCAACAUGGGAUUCGGCUUCACCAUCAUCGGUGGGGAUGAACCAGAUGAGUUCCUGCAGGUGAAGAGUGUCAUACCUGAUGGACCUGCAGCACAGGAUGCGAAGAUGGGCACAGGUGAUGUCAUCGUCUACAUCAAUGACAUCUGUGUCUUGGGCACCACCCAUGCCGAUGUGGUGAAGCUUUUCCAGUCCGUCCCCAUCGGUCAGAGUGUCACCCUGGUGCUCUGCCGAGGCUACCCCCUCCCCUACGACCCUGAAGACCCCUCUGCUAGUUCCUCCAUGCCUCCUUUGGGCCUAGUGGAUCACCCAUUAAUGCUCAAUGGACGGAACAACUACGAAAAUUACAUGGAGUACAUGUCUUUGACCGGCCGCUUAGUUCCUGAGCAUGGUGAGGGCCUCACACCACAUCCCCAUCCUGGAGACACUCAUCUCGACGGCUCGCAGCCUACAUCCCUUACCACACCAGGACCCCCACCCGACGACAGCGUCUCUAUGGCUUCAUCUUCAGGAGCGACGGCUGGAGCCCAAGUGGCCCCUGAACUUCUGAGUCUCACUAUAACCAAAGGCGCAGAGGGGUUCGGGUUCACCAUAGCGGACAGUCCUACAGGGCAGCGGGUCAAACAGGUUCUGGAGCCACAGGGUUGUCCGGGGUUAUGUGAAGGAGAUCUGAUGGUGGAGAUUAAUCAGAAAGGUCUUCAGGGACUCAACCACACACAGGUGGUGCAGCUGCUCAAAGACUGUCCUGUGGGAACAGAGGCUACGCUUGUCAUUCAGAGAGGAGGAACAGCAGGCCUCUUCAUGCCGUGGGAUCCCACAAAACAGUGGGACCCUCAAGGAAGCCCACAGACCAGUUUGUCGACCACUUUGCUCCCCCACGGCGCCCCACAUCACAGAGGGCUUUCAGAGGGCACGGAGGGCUUUCACCUGGGCAAACCUGACCCCUAUGACCUCUAUGAGAAGUCACGUGCCAUUUAUGAAAGCAGGCAGCCAAUUCCACCUCGGUCAGUGAUGGACUCUGCAGGUGUGGAGUACCAAGAAGUAGAGGUUCAUCUGCUGCGAGAGAAGACUGGCUUUGGCUUCAGGAUCCUGGGUGGAGAUGAGGCGGUGCAGGCAAUUGUGAUCGGAGCAAUCAUCGAGAACAGCCCUGCGGAGCGGGACGGCAGACUGCGUCCGGGAGAUGAGCUGGUCUCGGUUGACAGGAUGCCCGUGGCAGGGAGACCACACCGCUACGUCAUCGACCUCAUGCAUGCAGCUGCACGCAAAGGACAGGUCACCCUGACCGUCAGGAGGAGAGUUCUGCCGCAGCAGGGCCAGCCGUCCGAGAAAAAUGGUGCAUCGACAAAUCAGAGCAGCUCUACCCGGGGUCAUGCAGUGUGCCCAGUCAAUUUACCACCCACAACUGAUGUAGUUAUCCACCGCAAGGAAAGUGAAGGCUUCGGUUUUGUCAUCAUCAGCUCCCUCAACCGACCAGAGACCACAACCACGAUAACUGUGCCACAUAAGAUCGGUCGCAUCAUCGAGGGCAGUCCGGCUGAUCGCUGUGGAAAACUAAAAGUUGGGGACCGAAUUAUGGCCGUAAACUGUCAGUCUAUUAUCAACAUGCCUCACGCUGACAUUGUUAAGCUCAUCAAAGACGCUGGACUCACUGUCACCUUGCACAUCAUACCAGAGGAAGAUGUAAACGGUGCUCAUUCCGCCCCUACGUCGGAGAAGCAGAGCCCUAUGGUGGCCCAAAAGCACAGUCCCCAGACUCAGUCCAGCACAGCAGCCCAGCAGAGCCCCACUGUGGCUCACCCCAGCCCACCAGCGCCCCACCCCAGCCCAGCCACCACACAGCCCAGCCCCAUGCAGAUGGAACCAGGCCCUGGAACACCACAUAGCACCCCACCAGUGACUCAAACCAGCCUCCCUGUGAGUCAGCCUGGCCUGGAGGCCAUGCAGGCAGGUUCGGUGGUGACUCAGGCCCCUUCUGUGGUGGAUCCAGGCAUGCCAGGGGUCCAACCCACCUCCAUUGGAUCAGUACCAGUACCACCGCAGCUGUACCUACAUGACACUAGGUCGGAGGUAAAAGCUAGACAGGAUGUUAAACCUGAUAUCUGCCAAGCUGCAUACACAGACUACAGACAGCCCCCAGUGGACUACAGACAUCCCCCUGUAGCAGACUACAGACAACCACCGAGCCUGGAGUACAGACAUCCACCUGCUCUUAUAGACUACAGACAACACUCCAUCACAGAUUACCGACCACAGGACUAUGACUAUUUCACUGUGGAACUGGAGAAGAGUGUGAAGGGGUUUGGCUUUAGUAUUCGUGGAGGACGGGAAUAUAAGAUGGACCUGUUUGUGCUGAGACUGGCUGAGGAUGGGCCUGCCAUCCGCAAUGGAAGAAUGAGGGUUGGAGAUCAGAUUAUUGAAAUUAAUGGUGAGAGUACGAGAGACAUGAGUCACACUCAUGCCAUCGAACUCAUCAAAGCCGGCGGUCGGCGGGUGCGUCUGCUGUUGAAAAGAGGCACGGGACAGGUGCCGGAAUAUGGAAUGGUAUCUACCAACCUUUCUAUGUGCAUGAAAAGCGACACUCUAGCCUCACCCUAUUUCUUCAUAAUGGGACACUCUAAAGACACGACAGUGCCACCUCCUGGAGUGCUGUCUCUACAGCCACCCCUGCCUUGUCGGAAGUAGUCUCAACCCGCUAGCGUGACACUAGCCCUUCGUUGUUGCCCAUCAUCUCAUCCAGUCUCAAACCCUGGACUUGCCUCACUGACUUCUUUUAUUAACAUUGUGUGACAGUCUGGACCAAUCACAGCGCCCCUCGUGGUCAUUCUAGUCCAGAUGCCGACAGUUUUGUGGGGUUUCGCCAACAGAAAAAGGUGGCAGGUCCACCUGUAAGAGCUGUGCUUUGAAGAGGCAUCUUAACGAAAAAUGAGGAGAAGGAUCGGGAACAUUUCAUAAGUGUGGAAAAUAUUUACGAACAGUUGCAGACAUAUCAACCUUAAAUGGAUUGUUGUGUCCCACUUGCUCAUCAUGAAAAUGCUGACCUGUGUUUUUAGCGGACGAUCUGGUAACCAUCCCAGAUGAAUGGCAGCCAAAGUAGCAUGGCUUGCCCCCUCGCCGUUUGAUUCUGAAUCCAGAACUUAUCACAGAGGAACGUGCCAAACUGUCUAAGCAUAUUUCUUCUGUCCAGUGGACCCAAUCUCUCUUUAUUUGUUUAUCAUGUAGAGGUUGUUUAUUUUUUUUUUAUUAUUAUUUCAAGUUGUUCAUACCACUACCCCUAAUGAUACCAGGGUCAAAUAUUGCAAAAUAUGUGUAGCAUGAAAAGAGAUUUCCGGGGAAACCAAGAAUACAAGAACUGACCACACGAGUAUUGAGGUUCAUAGGUCUGGUGGGAAAAUGAGAAUUCACUAUUAUGAGAUGUUAUGAAACUCUCAAAAUAAGCAUGAGAGGACACAAAGAGACCACCAUGAUGGCCAUCUAAUGGAGAUACAAGGUAAAGUAUCAUGCCAACACAUUUGAUUGAAUUGUGGGAAAAACCAUAGAGAGUAAAUGCACGUCACACGCCAAAUCUAACACAUGGACUGUUGACUUUAGACGUCAAUAAUAAACCCAUAACAAUAUGUUAUAUUAGUAUGAUUUAGUCUAGAGUUGCCAUACCCAGCUGAACAUUCUGAUACAUACCAUGAAUUACACCAAGCAAGGACUGCAAGGACUUAAAAGCAGAUGUUUUCAAAGUUUCAGAUUCUCAUUUGAUCCUCAUUUUCCCUUGGAGUUGGGGUACAAUCACAAACCUUCCCAUCAUGCAAACAAAGUAGCUGCCAUCCAGACCAUUGGAUGACAAGUAGAGAUCACAAUUUUUUAAGGACUGUUUGGUCUGAGACUAAAAGUAAUGCAGUCUUGCAAUGCGUCCUAACCAGGUGCGAUGUGACAAGAUUCCACAAUAAGAGGGAAAAUGCUGCGCAACGCCACACGAUCAAAGCCAGUCAGAAUAUAUUUGAUGUUUAAUAUAUAUUUACACUCCUUGAGCACUUUAUUAGGAACACUAUGGUCCUAAUAAAGUGCCCGACAUGGCCUUCUGCUGUUGUAACCCAUCUGCCUCAAGGUUUGAUGUGUUGUGGAUUCUGAGAUGCUAUUAUGUUCACUACAAUUGUACAGAGUGGUUAUCUGAGUUACUGUAUCCUUUCUGUCAGCUCAAAUAAGUCUGGUCAUUCUCCUUUGACCUCUCUCAUCAACAAGGUGUUUCCGUCAGCAAAACUGCUGCUCACUGGAUGUUUUUUGUUUUUGGCACCAUUCUGAGUAAACUUUAGAGACUGUUGUGCGUGAAAUUCCCAGAAGAUCAACAGAUACAGAAAUACUCAAACCAGCCCGUCUGGCACCAACAAUCAUGCCACAGUCGAAAUCACUGAGAUCACAUUUUUUCCCCAUUCUGAUGGUUGAUAUGAACAUUAACUGAAGCUCCUGACUGCAUGAUCUGCGGGUCAGGAAGAAAAGAUCUCUCAUGAUUUUAUGCAUUGCACUGCUGCCCCACGAAUGGCUGAUUAGAUAAUCGCAUGAAUAAGUGAUGUAAACCAAGCGACCACUAGGGAAAGGAAUCAUAACAAAUGCAAUGAUUCUGAUUCCUUUUAACAAUUCAGAUUCUUUAACAGUUCCAUUAAUGAUUCUUUCUUUUGAGGUAGAAAUAAAAAUAAAAAAUGUUUUUGCAUUUACUGCCCUCAGCUGUUCAGUUUGGCUCAUGAGAGUCAUUCAUUCGAGAUCAACACUACACAGAUUGUGCUGUAGAUUCAAAAGAACUAGUUCACAAGAGUCAUUUGUUUGAGAAUUGGACUGCAGUGGUUACACUGAAGAUUCAAAAGAACUGGUUCACAAGAGUCAUUCAUUCGAGAACAACACUACACUGGUCGUGCUGUAGAUUCAAAUGAACUGGUUCACAAGAGUAAUUCAUUUGGGAAUUGGAUUACAGUGGUCAUGCUGUAGAUUCAAAAGAACCAACUCAUAAGAGUCAUUUGUUUGGGAAUCGGACUACACUGGUCUGCUGUGUAUUUUGUGCUGUAGAUUCAAAAGAACAGACUCACAAGAGUCAUUAGUUCAGGAAGCACACUACACAAUCUGACCGCAGACAUCUUUUCCCCUGCUGUUUACCUAGCCUAGGGCUGUUACAGAUACAGGUGUGAUAUUUCCGA